AUGAAUAGACGAUUCUGCUCAAGGAAAGUAUUCAAAUUACAGCUACUCAUUCUUGUUUUAUUGUCUGCAUACGUAUUCUACCAUGAAAUAAAAACAGAGCUUAUCAGCAAGUGGAUUCAAGAGUCUCUAAAAUUACAGGAGAGAAAAAAACCUGUAAAUAACUUGACUUACCCAGCUUUCAAGCACCCCUUGGCUCCUCCGUACCCAUUUCCAUACAAGUUCAUCAUUAAUCAGCCAGAUAAGUGCAAGGAUCGGACACCUUUCCUUGUUUUAAUAGUCAUUGUAGAGAGUCAUGACAUAGAGUCUAGACACACAAUUCGCGAAACUUGGGGUAAUGAAAGUAUUUAUGAUGCUGACGUGGUCAAGAUUUUUCUGGUGGGCAUACCUAAAGUUGCUCCUGACGCAACACAGAAGUUGUUGGAGGAGGAAAGCCUGGCCUUUGGGGACAUCAUACAACAAGACUUUAUGGACACCUAUUACAACCUGACCUUGAAAACCUUAAUGGGUAUGGAAUGGGUAACAAAAUUCUGCCCUUCUGUCAGCUAUGUCAUGAAGAUAGACAACGACAUGUUUCUCAAUGUAGACUAUUUGGUCCAUCAGUUUCUUAAUCCAGGCUUACCCAUUCGUAACAAUUACUUCACAGGAGCCAUACUUGCCAACACUGGACCUUUCAGGAGCCGAGCAUACAAGUGGUACGUACCCAAGGAAAUUUAUCCAAAUGAUACUUACCCACCCUAUUGCUCUGGCCCUGGAUAUUUAUUUUCUGUGGAUAUGGCAAAAAAAAUCUAUGAUGUGGCCCAAGAAAUUAGGGUCAUCCCUAUGGAAGAUGCUUUUAUGGGCAUUUGUUUGUAUGAACUUCAUAUUCCACCUACUGCACCCCCUGCUGGCAUAUUUCAUGGAUUCAGGCUAGAAUAUGACCUUUGCAGAUUUAGGAAAAUUGUCACGGUGCACCAUUUUGCUGGAAAAGAGCUACGGACUGUAUGGGCAGACUUUUGGGCUAAGAGAAACCAGAAGUGCUGA